ACGCGAACGCGUCGCGGGAAACUACAAAUCUCCCAGUGUCUGAAACGCUCAUGACUCCACUGUAUUAAAAAUCCACCAAUGGAAAAGUUUGUGAUUCAGGAUCGGAACAAACGUCGCUGCACCAGUGACACUCCAGCAGGAAGUCCGAGAAAAAAGAUUAAACAGGAAAGAGACAAGAAAAUAAAGGAGGAAGACUCUGAAGAUGAUGAGGAUGCAGCCUUUGCAGAGUUCUCCAAUCCUGUUCCCUGGCAAAAAAUAGAAGCAGAGGGACUAGACUGUGAUUAUGCACUGCUUUUCUCUAAAGAGGAGGCAGACUGCCUUUUUACACAGCUGGAGGAGGAGGUGGUGUAUGCAACAGGUGAAGAGUCAAAGGUCCAGGUGUAUGGAAAGGUGUACAACAUACCGAGAAAGCAGGCCACGUACGGAGACGCAGGCCUAACGUACACUUAUUCUGGGGUGAGGCGUAUAGCCUGCCCAUGGACUCCAACUUUGGAAUACAUUCGAGACACUGUCACUAAAACGACAGGACAGACAUUCAACUUUGUCUUGGUCAACAGGUACAAAGAUGGACAAGAUCACAUGGGCGAGCACCGUGACGACGAGAAGGAGCUGGACCCCGGCUGUCCCAUCGCGUCGGUCUCUCUGGGAGCAGCGCGGGACUUCUUCUUCAAACACAGAGACUCGCGAGGAAAGCAGAGCCGCCGACAAAUUGAACCUGUGAAGCUGGAGCUCGCUCACGGAAGCCUGCUCCUCAUGAACCCGCCGACCAACACCUUCUGGUACCACAGCCUCCCUGUCCGCAAGAAGAUCCUCCUGCCUCGCAUUAACCUCACAUUCAGGCGCAUUCUGCUGGACAGCAAGCGUGAGACCAAGCCAAAGCCGGGUGUAAGUUAGGGACAUGGCCAUGUGCACAGCCACUAACAGCACAGCUCCAAUUUAAGCAACUUGACACUCUGGAGGAAGACUUUCUUAAUUUUUUCAGUGAAUCAGCAUUUAACUUUGCUCAACUCAUAUUCAUGUUUCUGUUCGAAAAGAAGGCAAAGACUUCAGAUCAAUAAAUGUAAACAGUUGACUUGUGAGCUUGUUAGUUCUCAUUGAUUGGACUGGUGCUGCUGUACUCUAGCAGCUCUGGAAAGUAAAAGGUCGCUGGGUUGCAUUUAAAGGAAAGGCAUGUAAACAAUGAAAAUGUACUUCUUAGUGGAUUGUCAGGUUGGUCCAAAUGUAGACUGCUUUAAUCAGACUUCUCUUUAAUGGGCUUAAAUGGGUAUGAGAGGAGGGUGCAUGACUUCAGCAUCAGUUUGUUCCCUGGAUAUGGAAAUAUUUGUUGAUACAGGAGCUUUUUUUUAUGUUCCAGAGUUGUCAGAUUCCAAGGUUAUAUACACUCGCCAAUUUAUUAGGUUGGACCCCUUUUACCUUCAGAGUAGUCCCCAGGUAUUUUGGUCCAUGUUAGCAUCCUAUAGUUGUUUUAGAUUCAUGAUGCAAAUUUUCUGUUUGCCCCCACAUCCCAAAGGUGCUCUAUUAGAUUGCUGCCACAAUCAUUAGAUGGCAAAUUUUGGUAAGACUAUACCAAUUGUAGCCUCAAUUUUCUAUUGUUAGCUGAAAGGACUAGCACCCAGUGUGGUCUCCUGCUGCUGU